AUGUGCGCAGGGAAGAGUAAGACACAGGUCUGUUGCAUUUCCCACGAAUUCUUUCGAACAGCGUACGCAAACCCUAAUAAAAUCGCAGUGGUUCACGCUACUGGCGGGGCGUACCUUUCCCGCGAGUUUCGCCGCCAAAAUUCCUCCACCACCGACUUCAACGGCGACAUUGCCUCGCUCUUAGAGAAACUCGUUGAGUCCACGUCUCCGCCACUCUACCGCGAGGACCAGAGCUUCACUUACUCUCAUGUCUUGAACGCGGUUUGUUCCCUCAGCUCACGCCUCCGCUCUAUCCUGCUUGGUGCGGAUGACCCACACUUGAUCACUGUCCAAUCUCCAGGUAACAAUGGUGUCAAUUGUGAAGAGGGAACUGUACAGAAACAUGAGCCCUUGGAAACUGUCAUCCCUAGUGAAGAGGAAUCAAGUGAAGAGCAUAGGCCAAAGAUAGUGGGGAUUUAUAUGCCUCCUUCUGUUGAAUAUAUCGUUGCUGUUCUUUCAGUACUGAGGUGUGGGGAAGCCUUCUUGCCUCUGGAUCCGUUUGGGCCAAAUGAAAGGAUAUUGUCUUUUGCCUCUUCUUCAAAUGUUGAUCUCAUUAUAGGGUCCCAAUCUUCUUUUGGUAAAAGAAAUUUGGACAAGCUUGAUGAAUCACAUUGGCUGGUAAAGUCAACUAGUUGUCCUGUUUUGAAUUACUCCAUUGAUGAAAUCCUACAAGAAUGUUGUGGUCCAUCAGAUUUAGCAUGGCCUUGUUCCAAUGAAAAACAAAGAUCAUUCUGCUAUCUGAUGUACACAUCUGGAUCAACUGGAAAGCCUAAAGGAGUGUGUGGGACUGAACAAGAUAAAUUUGUUGGUCCUGCCUCCAAUGGUGGUCAUCCAUGCUCAGUAAUGGUGGGGGUGUCACCUACAACAACUUUGACUAUCAAGUCAAUAUCAAGUCUUUCUAAUCGCUUUUCAUGGAUGCAAGGAAUGUAUCCUCUGAAUGGGCAGGAAAUAUUGUUGUUUAAGUCAUCAGUUAGCUUCAUUGAUCACCUGCAAGAAUUUCUUAGUGCUAUUUUGACUGCUUGUGUGUUAGUUAUUCCUCCUUUCGAUGAGCUAAAAGAAAAUUUAUAUUCUAUGAUAGAUUUCCUGCAGGCAUAUUUUGUUAAUAGGCUCACAGCUGUUCCAUCUCUAAUGAAGACUAUUCUUCCUGGAUUGCAAACCAAUACUAACAUGCGGGUUGAAAAUUCACUGAAAUUGCUUGUGCUUAGCGGUGAAACUUUUCCUUUAACAUUGUGGAAGAUGCUUUCAAAUAUAUUACCGAAGACAUCAAUCUUGAAUUUAUAUGGAACCACUGAGGUUAGAGCAGAAGGUUAUCUUUCUACAGAAGAAAUGCUAACGAGUGUUCCAAUAGGUUUACCCAUUCCUAACUGUGAUGUGAUUCUUCUUAGUGAAAAUGGUGCAUCAAAUGAGGGAGAGCUGUAUGUUGGUGGUCCUUGCAUCUUUAGGGGUUACUACAACGACUCUGAUGAAAUGUCUGAUGCAUUUGCAAAGUUGCUUCAAAGUUACAGUUGUGGUGAUUCUAUUAACGCUUGCCAAGACCAAUUAUACUUUAGAACUGGUGACUUUGUCAAACAGUUGCCAAGUGGUGAUUUUGUAUUUUUGGGAAGAAAAGAUCGCAUUAUAAAUAUCAAUGGACAGCGUAUUGCCCUUGAAGAGGUUGAAGAUUUGCUAAGGGAGCAUCCAGAUAUAAAUGAUGCUGCUGUAGUUUGUCGAGAUAAUCAAUCAGAACUUGUGCUUCUUGAAGCCUUUAUCAUAUUAAAGAAAAAGGAAAACUCGGAUGAAUUAUUAAUACCUGCAAUCAGAACUUGGAUGAUUAACAAACUUCCUUCAGUUGUACUUCCCAACCGUUUCUUAUUUAUAGAAUCAUUUCCUGUGUCUCCUAGUGGUAAGAUUAAUUAUGAAUUGUUGGUUGGCUCAGCAUUAUUGACAAAGAAUGUCAAGGAUAAAGUUGGUAACAUCGACUGCAGAAAUCUUCUGCAACUUAUUAAAAAGGCAUUUCAUGACGCUUUAAUGGUUGAAAAGGUUUGUGAUGAUGAUGAUUUCUUUAUGAUGGGCGGUAACUCUCUUUCUGCUGCACAUGUUGCUUACAGUUUGGGGAUUGACUUGAGAUUUCUUUACUACUAUCCAAGUCCUCUUAAGCUUUGUAUGGCUCUUCUCCAGAACAAAGGAUCAUGCCCUUUGCAUAACAGUCUGGAUAGUUGUUUGCAAAUAUGCACGGACAGACAAGAUAACCAUAUUUCUUCUAAUCAUACUGAAAAUUCUAGUCCUCUUGAGUCAAGGAUAAUUUCCAAAGAUAAUGAUGACGAUUCUUUUCCUUCUAAACGUUUAAAGUGGGGUUGGACAGAUGUUACAUCACGGGGUGAUGAAUCAUUCCCAUGGUAUUCCCCUUCACUAUUAUCAUUCUCAUUUAACCGAGGCAACAAGGUGUUGCAUAAAGGGCAGCAGGCAGUUAUUGGUACACACCAAACAACUUCGUCUGCUGAUGUUCCCAGAGGCAACAGAGGUCAUAUGAAAGACUUUUGGAAAGUUGACAUGGAAUCUUGUGUUGAUGCUUCACCAAUGCUUGUGUUUAAAGGCCCAGAUUGGGAGAUCAAACUAGAAGGACGCAUUGAAUGUACAGCAGCAAUUGUUUCUGAUUUUUCCCAGGAUUUGGAACUGAAUUUAGAGGAUAGCGCUCUGAUUACAAAGUUACCAUGUGGAGGCAGUAUAUAUGGGUCGCCUGCAAUCGAUGAGGUUCGUGACUUGCUUUACGUGGCCUCUACUGGUGGUCGUAUAACAGCUAUAUCAAUAUCGGCUUCUCCAUUUACUGUUUUGUGGCUAAAUGAAUUAGAAGUUCCUGUGUUUGGUUCUCUUGCAGUUGCCCACAAUGGAACUGAUGGUCAUGUUCUUGCAUUGAAUCCAAAUGGAUCCAUUGUUUGGAAGAAAACAACUGAUGGUCCAAUAUUUGCUGGGUCAUGCAUGCCUUCUGUUCUUCCUCAUGAGGAGGAGGGCGACCUACUAUGGGAAUACAAUGUAGGAGAUCCAAUUACAGCAUCGGCUUAUGUGGACGAGCACUUAGUGCUGGACUCUGAUGCUUCCAAUUCCUCAGACAGGUUAAUUUGCAUUUGUUCCAGUUCUGGAGGCAUACACCUUCUUCGAGUUAACAUGAAUAAUUCCAAAGAUUCAAAUCAACAAAGAAGGUAUGUGGAAGAAUUUGCAAAGCUAAACUUGGCAGGGGAUAUAUUCUCUUCACCCUUAAUGAUUGGUGGUCGGAUUUUUGUUGGUUGUCGGGACGAAUACUUGCAUUGUAUUGUCAUUGAAAUUCCAAACCAACAUAAAAGUUAG